CCCCGAGCCCAAGGAGAACCAAGGGCCAAGGAAUGUCGGGAGGUCUAGCACUCAAUCCGGCUGUGCCCUGCCUCAGCCUACUACCUGAGCCCUCUGCCUACACUACCCCAAUAGACUGGGACAGCGAGCUCUCCCAGCGAGAGUUGUAGGAAGGCUGCGUUGUGUUCUGCAGGCUCAAGGCUGGUUGCUUGCCCUGCUCUGGGUACUCCUCCACCCAGGACCCCGGAGUCCCUGAAAGUGGAGUGGGUGGGGCUUGAAAAGCCUGGCUGCUGCACUCUCCUGAAACUUUUCCUGAGAUGACUCUGCUGCCGAAGAAGCCCUGGGAGUUCAAGGCCAAGGGGCUGGUGCUGGGAGCACUCUUUACAAGUUUCCUGUUGCUGUUCUACUCCUAUGUGGUCCCUCCACUCCAUCCCAACAUGCCCGUCACGACCUCAGAGGCUGCCGAGCCCUGCUCCCCUGCCCCCAGUGAGCCAGUGGCGGCCACUCCAGCCAAUGGCUCUACUGGAAGGUGUCAACCUCGGCUAGAUAUCGUGUUUGUGAAGACGCACAAGACCGCCAGCAGCACGCUGCUCAACAUCCUCUUCCGCUUCGGCCAGAAGCACGGGCUCAAGUUCGCCUUCCCCAAUGGCCGCAACGACUUCCGUUACCCGUCCUUUUUCGCGCGCAGCCAAGUGCAAGACUAUCGGCCCGGGGCGUGUUUCAACAUCAUCUGUAACCAUAUGCGCUUUCACUACGACGAGGUGCGCGGGCUGGUGCGGCCUGGCGCCGCCUUCAUCACUGUCCUCCGGGACCCCGCGCGGCUCUUCGAGUCCUCCUUCCACUAUUUUGGGUCGGUGGUGCCGCUGACCUGGAAGCUGUCCAGCCGCGACAAGCUGGCUGAGUUCCUGCAGGACCCGGAUCGCUACUACGACCCGAGAGGCUACAAUGCGCAUUAUCUCCGCAACUUGCUCUUCUUUGACCUGGGUUAUGACAGCAGCAUGGACCCGGGCAACCCGCGCGUGCAGGAGCACAUCCUGGAGGUGGAGCACCGCUUCCACCUGGUGCUGCUACAGGAGUACUUCGACGAAUCCCUGGUGCUGCUCCGGGAGCUGCUGUGCUGGGACCUGGAGGACGUGUUGUACUUCAAGCUCAACGCGCGGCGUGACCCGUUGGUGCCUCGGCUCUCGGGCGAGCUGUACCGCCGUGCUACUGCCUGGAACCUGCUGGAUGCACGCCUCUACCGCCACUUCAACGCCAGCUUCUGGCAAAAGGUGGAGGCCUUCGGGCGAGAGCGCAUGGCGCGCGAGGUGGCCAAGCUGCGCCAAGCUAACGAGCACAUGCGUCACAUAUGCAUAGAUGGUGGCCAAGCAGUGGAUGCCGAGGCCAUCCAGGACUCGGCCAUGCAGCCCUGGCAGCCCCUGGGCAUCAAAUCCAUCCUGGGUUACAACCUCAAGAAGAGCAUCGAGCCGCAACACGCGCAACUCUGCCGGCGCAUGCUCACUCCUGAGAUCCAGUACCUGUCUGACCUCGGCGCCAAUCUCUGGAUCACCAAGCUCUGGAAGUUCCUUAGGGACUUUCUAAGGUGGUGACGACGUAUCUUGGCCCUUCCUGCUGCAGAAGGGCCAGGCCAGGGAACUUCUGUUACCUAGCCUUUCCCCAACCACACCUGGUGCCACCCUGGGGUCCCCUAGAGUCAUAGCUGACCGGGACUGGUCUCUCUGUACAAGAGAGGGCCUAACCGAGAAGUAUUUAACUAAUUAUGCCAUUUUAAAAAAAAUUAAAUCUCCUUUAUUUCCAGCCUCCUCUUACAUGAGGAGACUCAGAAGUAAAGGAAUUUGAUGUGUUUUUGUUAAUCGGCCUCACUGUGGUGACUGGAGGGGUUCUGGGAUGGGACCUUUGGGAGGGUGUCUGUGGGAUGGAGCGCAGCAGAGGGCCAGUGACCUAGGGUGCUUGUUACUUGCUGGAGUCCUGUGUGGUUCAGGGAUUGCCACAAGCUGCUGAGACGUGGAAAGUCAUGCGUGUCGCUGAGCACUUGUUUCAUCCCCGCUCCCAGGGGGUGAGUGCUGUG